UGACAAUAACUUUUCCAUCCCUUUUAUUCCUACAAUCUUUACUUUUUCGCUUUCCUUAGCUCGUCGAGCGAGCGCAUUGCAUUCCCGCUGCCGUUCAUCAUGAAUCGCCUACCACGUCUCCUUACCAUCCAACAUGUAUCCCGGCCAUCAUCCUCUUGGCGAAUCCCCUCCCAUCUCUAUUCCUUUUCGCAAACAUCCGGCGCAUAUGCAUGCAACUCAACUUCCUCACCAAAAAGCCGGGCAAAGUCUCAAUCUCGCCCGUGUCAUGAGCACGAAGUCGGUGGAACCACCAAGCUACACAACCCAGCCGAGCCACCAUCUCCAUUCCAACUCGCCUUUUGGACGCACCGGCCUAGUUGGAAAAGAGCUGGCGUCAAUACAUUUCGCUGUCUCGUGGGAUGCACCGUUGGCGAUUUUUCCGCAAUGUGGAUAUUGCAGAGUUAUUUCCCGGAGUUAGGGAUGUUGACUAUCAUGGGCGUGUCAAUGGCAUCCGGCAUCUCCACUUCGCUCAUCCUAGAAACCGUACUUCUCCACCUCUCCAAAGAUCGGCUCCCCUGGCCCAUGGCUUUCAAAACCGCGCUUGGCAUGAGCCUGGUAUCUAUGCUAGCCAUGGAGGGAGCAGAGAACGUGGUGGAUUAUCAUCUCACCGGCGGGCUUGUGGUGCUUAAUGAUCCAAAGUUUUGGAUGGCGGCUGUGCUGAGUGUGGGAGCAGGAUUUGCGGCGCCCCUGCCGUGGAAUUAUUUUAGAUUGAGGAGGUGGAGCCGGGCGUGCCAUUAGGAGUGCAUUGAAGGAGGGGGUGGGGAUGAGACGGAUUAGAGAGGAGAGGAUAUAUCUAGUAAGGCUCCGAUGUACAUUCAAAUGCGCCCAUUACUCCACGACAAUCAAACCUCGCGGUUGCGUAUCGCAAACCGUAAAGCC